UCCAAAAUCCCAUUUCGCCACGUGUCAAAAGAAAAUCCAAUCAUAGGAUCGAAAUCCCAUUUGAAGCCUCACCUCCUCCCUCAGCCUGCAACUCCAAGUUUGUUCCUUUUCAAUCCAAAACGCAGACAACAAUGGCUUCCUUAGCAACAUUAGCCGCCGUUCAGCCGGUCACCGUAAAGGGCCUUGGUGGAAGCUCCCUUGCCGGAACUAAGCUCCCUCUCAGGCCCUCUCGCCAGAGCUUCAGACCAAAAAGCUUCAAGGCUGGUGCUGUGGUGGCUAAGUACGGUGACAAAAGUGUUUACUUCGAUUUGGAGGAUUUGGGCAACACUACUGGACAGUGGGAUUUGUAUGGAUCUGAUGCUCCUUCACCAUACAAUUCUCUUCAGAGCAAAUUCUUUGAGACCUUUGCCGCUCCAUUCACCAAGAGAGGAUUGUUGCUCAAGUUCUUGCUUCUAGGCGGUGGAGCCACAUUAGCUUAUUACAGUGCCACUGCCCCAGAUGAUGUUCUUCCCAUCAAGAAAGGACCUCAACUUCCACCAAAGCUUGGGCCUCGUGGCAAGAUCUAAUUCGCUUUCAAAUCCUUUUGCAGUAUGUAAAUUUUCUCUCUUAUCCUCCCAGUUAUGUUUCAAUUGAGAAAUUGUUAUUAUGUAAUGAAUGUACUUUUACAAAGUGUUCUUGCCAGUUUCUUUGAAAAA